CAAACACCGAUCGCAUGAUUCAUCCCUCCCAUCCAUUUGAUCUCUAGAACCAAUCUCUGCGAAUUAGAUUCUAUUGAAACUUAGUUCCGAAGGUGUGUCUCAUGUCAGACUUGCGUGAGUGUUCGACACCAAUACAUAUAAUUAACUAUGUCUUUUUUUAAGUUAUCAUAUAUCAAUGGUGUCGAUGUGUUAGUAUAUUUGUGCAGGUGAUUCAUGAAAUAAAACAAAAAGAAGAAUUACAAAGAUUUAAACCAUCUUAUGUUCAGCAAGCUCCAUUUCAAAAAGCAGCUACCUUUCCCUCCAUCCCCUUUCUCAUUCUUCAUAGAAUGCUUCUAUUUCUCUUCUCACCAACCACAUCCAUGGAACUCCUCAAGCAGACUCAGAGCUUCUAUGCCAAUUCCAAAUCAAACCCAUUUCAAUGACCCUAACACUGUUCAUUUGUUUUGUUCCAACGCCCUCAAAAUCUCAGCCAAAAAGGGCUAUCUUCCUGAAGGAAAACAGUUACAUGCCCAUUUGAUAAAGUUUGGAUUUUGUCAAGUCCUUUCCUUACAAAACCAGAUUUUGAGUGUUUAUCUUAAAUGCCAAGAAGCUGAAGAUGCAAAGAAACUGUUUGAGGAAUUGCCUGUGAGAAAUGUUGUUUCGUGGAAUAUUAUGAUUCGUGCUAGUGUUGGACGUAACGAUGAAAAUGAAUCGAGUGGCAUGCGAUUGUGUUUUUCUUAUUUUCGAAGGAUGUUGUUGGAAAUGAUGGUUCCUGAUCAUAUAACUUUUAAUGGUUUGAUUUGUUUGUGUACUCAGUUUAAUGAUAUUGAGAUGGGAGUUCAGUUGCAUUGUUUUACCGUGAAAGUUGGAUUUGAUUUGGAUUGUUUUGUUGGUUGUGCCCUUGUUGGUUUAUAUGCAAAAUGUGGUUUUGUUGAGAAUGCAAGGAGGGUUUUUUGUGAUGUCUCGUGUAGAGAUUUGGUUAUGUGGAAUGUGAUGGUUUCUUGUUAUGUCUUCAAUAGUUUACCUGAAGAGGCUUUUCGCGUCUUCAAUUCAAUGCGGUUGGAUGUUGUGAACGGGGACGAGUUCACUUUUAGUAGCUUGCUUAGUGUAAUAAGUGAUGAUGCUUUGGAAUAUUAUGAUUUUGGAAAGCAAGUUCAUAGUCUUGUUCUGAGACAAUCAUUUGAUUCAGAUGUUUUAGUUGCUAGUGCAUUGAUCAACAUGUAUGCCAAAAGCGAAAAUAUUAUUGAUGCACGAAGAGUAUUUGAUGAGAUGUCGAUUCGAAAUGUUGUGGCAUGGAACACCAUGAUUGUUGGGUUUGGGAAUCACGGUGAUGGUAACGAGGUAAUGAAGCUUGUCAAAGAGAUGCUUCGCGAAGGGUUUCUUCCAGAUGAAUUGACUAUUUCUAGCAUUAUAAGUUCGUGUGGCUAUGCUUCUGCCAUUACCGAAACACUGCAAGUGCAUGCUUUUGCGGUUAAAUUAUCAUGUCAAGAUUUUUUAUCUGUAGCCAAUUCUUUGAUUAGUGCUUACUCCAAGUGUGGUAGCAUUACUAGUGCAUUUAAAUGCUUUGAAUUAACUUCACAGCCUGAUCUAGUUACAUGGACUUCAUUGAUAUAUGCAUAUGCAUUCCAUGGUCUUGCCGAAAAAUCAACUGAGAUGUUUGAGAAAAUGCUAUCAUAUGGCAUAAAACCAGAUCGAAUCGCUUUUCUCGGCGUUCUCUCGGCUUGUGCUCAUUGUGGGCUGGUGACAAAGGGACUUCACUACUUCAAAUUAAUGACCAAUGCAUAUCAGAUUGUUCCUGAUUCAGAACAUUACACAUGUCUUGUUGAUCUUCUAGGAAGAUAUGGUCUUAUAAAUGAAGCUUUUGAAAUCUUGAGGUCAAUGCCAAUUGAAGUAGAUUCAGAUACCUUAGGAGCAUUUAUUGGAUCUUGCAAACUACAUUCAAAUAUGGAACUGGCUAAAUUGGCUGCAGAAAAACUCUUCCUCAUUGAACCAGAAAAGAGUGUAAACUAUGCAGUGAUGUCGAACAUUUUCGCUUCUCAAAAGCAUUGGUAUGACGUGGAAAGAAUUCGCAAAACGAUGGAAGACAAACGUGAUGCAAAAGUCCCAGGUUGUAGUUGGAUUGAGAUUGGUAACCAAAUUCAUUCAUUUGUAUCCAAUGAUAAAUCACACCCUAAUGCUUUAGAAAUGUAUGUUACAUUAAACAUGCUGCUUAGGCCAAUGAAGGAACAAAAUGGUAUUCAUUUGUAAAUGUUAACAUCGCAUUAUUCACAUCAUGAUCUAUAUCAUGUGCACCAACAUUUAUUAUUAUCCAA